AUGAUUGAUGUUUAUUAUGGUAUGAACAGCAACGUCACAAUUUCCAUUUGGAAUAAUGUGUUUGCAUGCAUUUUGUUAUAAUAAGCUUGGACAUUAUAUGACUUAAUUAUUUUUAUAAUAGUUUUGUUCGUGGAAACACCACAUAAAUUUAUUACUGCAAUUAAUAUGUUUCCACAAACAAAGCUAUUAUAUCUUUUGUCGCCAUGCAAACUUACAGAGAACUUACUAAUUAUUUUUAUUGAUGAGCUUUUGGCAAUUGAAUCUGUAGGCUAUAUAUAGAUUAGUUUUCAUUAUUAAAUAUGUAAUUCUUUAUAUCAGUGUAUGCUGGGAAUUAGCACAAAACGUGAACACUGCAGCAUUUUCCUGUUUUACAAUUAAUUAAACUGCGUUUAAUUUUUCAGAAAAUUUUAGCAUGAUUGUAAUUUUUACUGUCAUAAACCUUGAGCGUGAUAAGAAACUCUUGUUGCUGCAACAUCCACUUAUGCACUCUUUCUCAUAAUCUGAUUAUCAGGUGCACGAUAUUUACUGAUGAAUCAGCAUAUGCUACUUCAUCUGACAGAAUCAGUGCAGAACCAUGGUCCAUUAUGGUGCAAUUCCUUGUUCGUCUUUGAAGACUGGAAUGGUGAUAUAGGGAAUUAUUUCCACGGAACACAAAAUAUCCCAAGCCAGGUACAAUGUCAACUGAAUCAGUAAAUGACGAAUGUACAUGUUGUAUUUUUUUUGCAAUAAAAAUCAUACGUUACAUUAAUUUUCAGUGUAUGUCCAAAAUGCCUGCAUAUAGAAAAAGUAAUUUGGCAUUUUCUAUUUGUAGAUAAUGACAGCUGUCACUAUUAACCAGUCACUUCCGUCGUUAAUUGACAAGAUGCCUUCUGGGAAUGUAAAAGAUAUGGUGUUGAAAUUCCGUGGUUAUACUGAUAAGUACGUACAUUCAGUUAUGAAUUCUUCCCAAUAAAAACAUUGGCAGAAUCAAACUUUUUCCCUAUCUGUUUUACAUUGUAAAGCUAACAGUUUUACAUCACACAGAUUCAAACAAAGAGGGUUCAAGUUCAAUUUUUGCUCCAGUACUAAUCUCUACGUCAGCGGUCACUAUCCUGCUUCCACUUAAUUAAAGCUCUAUUUUCAUUUUUGCAGGACAAACAGAACUCAUUUGAAAGAUGAGUUUUAUGCCAUUGGUGCAUUAAAGAGAAGUGGCUUUGUAAACCCGCCUUAUGAAGAUGAUCUUUUAUUGUCUCUGGGUGUUGAAAGAAUUUCAGAACUUACGUUUUUCACACGUUUGCAAGCUGGCAAAGCAAUCUUUCACUCAAAGGAAUAUAAGAGAGCCACAAAAAGAAACAGUUACACGGUUGCACACCAGAAAGAAUCAGAAAUGUGCUAUGGGCAAGUUGAAGUGCACUUUAUAAAUUUUAAUGGACCCAUGGAAUGUGGUGCUGUUAUCGCUCCAAUGGCAAAGUCCAAUGAAGAUGUUGCAAGAAGUCACGAAGUGUUGGGGAAACUUGUCACUCAUAUUGUCCCAUUACAUCAGCCAAGAAGUAAGGAACAGUACGACAUAGUAGACAUUGACAACAUUGUAGAUGUAUGUCUUCAUAUGACGUUUUUGGACAGCGAGGUGAAAUAUGGGGCACAUUUUCCCAAUCAUUUGGAAAAAGAUUAG